AUGGCGACGCCCAGUGAUCUGUCGUUAGCUGAGAUACGUAAAUAUUUACUCGAAAAUGGGGGUUCUGCUCGUAAUCGUGAUCUAGUUAAACACUUUAAGUAUUUUUUAACUGACCCUGAUACGCGAGUUGAGGCGAGAAACAAAUUUAAGGAGUACGUCAAUACUUUGGCGACGAUUAAAAAUGAGGAGGGAGAAAAGUACUUGGUACUGAAAAAAAAGUACAUACACGGUCUUGAGGAGCUGGUACCUUCGUAUUCUUACGCGCCGACGAGCCCUUCCAUAGGAACUCCCGAUUUUCUGACCCCCACGUCGCCGCUACGUGACCCUCCUCCCUACCGACCUCCUCCUCCAGCUCCCCUGAGUCCUUCAAGUUCCGAAAUCACUUCAUCCCCCGCGCAUUUGUCUCCCGACGAAUUUUACGUCAAGUCCCCGAGCCACUCAGCCGCGGGAAAUUUAAAUCUCGGAAGUAGUUUGAAUUUCAGUCCCUCAAAUUUGAACCUCAAUGCCAUCAGUCACCCUAAGUUUGCUUCCAAUCCGAGUUUCGGAUCCAUCAACAACCCGAACUUCAGUUCCCCAAGUAAUUCCAAUUUCGAGGUCUCGAAUUACUCGAGUCAGGAUGAAAAUCCACGCAACUCGCGAAUUGGUGAAGAUGUACCGCCAGCGAUGACUUCACCUCCUGUACCUCCACGAAGAAAGAGUCAGGACAAGUUGAAGCUGGAGAAUAAAGAAAACAUAAAUGCUGAAAAAGGGAAAAAUGGACAGGAAGCCAUCAAGGAAGAUGAGGGACCACCGGAAAGUCUCGGAACAUCUGAGUUACCAAGUGUCCGGGAACGAAUGCAGCGUUUCAAUCGCAUGGCCAGCGAAACUGAUCUCCACGGCCGUCCGAACGGGGCAGCAACUCCUGCUAAGAAACGCUCUGACAAGGGCGCUGAUGAAGACGACAGCGCUUCCGUCGCAUCUCAACAAUUGGAUGGGAAAGCACGCGAAUGGCUAGUCCGGGCAGCACAGGGUGACUAUCAAGCACUAGCAAAACUAGCAGCCGAAGAGCCGCGUCUCACCAGGCAGAAGGAUCCAUCCUCCGUGAGUAUAAGUCAAUUAUUCUUUAACAGAAACGUAUUCAUGUUUUUGGAUAAUUAUUUACUGUGUUAUUUUUCCGCUCAACCUGCCACCAAAUUGCUGUCAACAUCUGCAGGGUGUAAGUAUCUAUUUAAAUUACUUUAUUAUUUCAUUUUUUUUUUGCCCCAUUUUUUUCUACAUGCAUUUUUUUCCAAUAACCGGCCAUAUUAUUGCAAAAUAAGUAUUUUUGAAAUUAAAAACAAAUUUCAUGUGCGAAAAUUCGUUCAGUAGACAUCUGGCGCCCACGCAUCUUAUAAAAUUGACAUGAAAUUGCAGACGAGUGUCUUUUGCAUUUUUCUGCAAAUUGAUAAAACGUAUCGACUUCUGAUACUUCGAAAAUAAAACAAAAUUUUUGGACCAUCGCUGACUGUCUUAUUGGCGACCGUAGAUACUGAUGGUAAUAUAGUAGAUAUAUAUGUUGAUAUGAGUAUCUGAUGAUAUUAAUGGGGGAUUAAGUAGUGGAAUGUGGCUGGGAACAUGUUAGAAAUAUUUAAACUGACGAGGGCAUGAUGCAUUUGAGCAACAGGACACCUCACACGUCGUAGGUACUAUUAGCAAGCCAUCAGCAGUAAAAGAGCAGAGACUUAUAUUAUAAUAUACUAUAAUAUAAUAUAUUUAGUAAUGGCCCUAGCGCGUGGCCCUUUGUCGCCCGUCCAUAAAUCCGUGAGAAUACAAACCCGAUAAAUCGUGUAGAUCGCUCGGAUUCGCUCGGUGGGGGAGGCUGGAAGAUCUGAAAACGAUGGGACCGAUAAGUGACGUCUCUAUAAGUAAAAGGUGAACGGCGCCCGCGUCUCGGCGGGGGUCCCAGACGUCGUCGGAGACAUCAGCGCUGCGGGCGGCCAUUGUCUCAAGUCCCAUAUACGCUGGCUGGUGGUGGUGGUGGGGGAGCUGGGCCUAGCCUAUCUCCUCUAGGACUAAGUGAGUAAAAGAAAUUCCCUAACACACACUGGGGGUCCUUUUUCAGGCAUCCAGUGGUUUCUUUAAAUUAAUAACCAAAUACAUUUGGCUCGUGCGCCAUUAUUUCUUACAGUAUAUAUAUUUAUUAACGUUGAUGCCCGGUUUAUUUAUUUUUAUUUUUAUUAUCAACCGCGACGCUCUUGCCAGCCAUCAGCCACCGGCACCUAAUUUGUGCUUCCAAUUAUAAAUAUUUUAACUCACACCCUUGUUAUAUUUAUUUGUUUAUUAAUUACUUAUUUCGACAGCUACAAAUCCCAAGUUUUUUUUAUUUUAAAGUAUAUCUUAUCCGUCUUCGAGUAGUGAAAAAUAAUAAUUAUUUAUUUUUAUUUCUUGGGUGUCGUUAAUACAAAUAGUCUCGAUGACGGAAGGCGUAGUAAUGACUUACGAACGUCAAGCUGACAAAAUUACUGAAAGAAUGCUAUGUCAUUAAACAUAUAUAUAUAUAUGUAUUUAUAAAUAUUUUGUCUCAUGCAUGAGCCAGAUGAAAUUUCUUGACAUUAAAAAUCCAACAAGCGACAGCCAUUACGGCAGCUGAUACUUGUCAUUAUUUUUAUUAACAUAAUGACAGUCAGACAACUCAAUUUGCAUGGAAAAUCACACGAUCCUUUUUAUCUAAUAUACAUAUGUUUAUACGUUGAAUAUAUUUAACAUAUUUAUUAUUUUUAAUCCUCACUUUAUUUAUCGAGCAACAACAACAACAACAACAACAACAAUUUAUUUUUCGUUUCGCUACGAGAUAAUUAUUAUUAUAAAUAUAAAUAAUAAGUAAAUACAUAAACGAGAAAAUUACGCGGACUCAUCACGUGAAACUUUCAGCCGUAUCUCGUUUUAAAUCUGCGAUGAAAAUUAUCGGAUAAUUAUAUCCAUUAUACAGUACUGUAAUUUAACUUUAAUCGAAAUGAAUUAAAACUAAAACCAGUGAGCUGAAUUUUUUUUUUUUUUACAUUAAUUUGAAACGCGAUAUUUUUUAUAAUUUUAUGGACAAAGUAUCACUUUUUUUUUUAUCAGAUAGUACAAAAAAAUAAUAGAGAUAGGAGGGGCAAAACGGGGUACUUAAUGAAAUACUAAAUUUUUGAGGACCCGAAUACGCUAAAUAUUUUUUUUUAAUGAUAUUCAAAAUAAAUAGAAAAAAUUUUCAGUUCUUGAAAAAAAAAAUUUCAUCUUUGCGGACAAAAUGGGGUGCCCCCUAAAAAAGGCGAAAAAAAUUUCUGGAUAUUAAUUAAGUUUGAUAAAAUUAUUUUUUUUUUUUUGUAAAUAAUUUACAUGAAAAAAAAUUAUAUUUUACAUAAUUAUUGAAUACACAAAAAAAAAUUUGAUAACUUUUAUCAUAAAACAAGUCAUUAACA